UUUCGGCCAAAAUACGAUAGAAAUAUUAAGAAUUCUUGUAUCGCUUUUCAUAGAUAAAAAAAGUACCUAACUAAAUAUGUCGUUUAAGACGGAUUUUCAGAAAAUCUUUAAUCAUUUCGGAAAAAGUAAGGAAAACGUUACUCAUGAUGUCGAAAUUAUCAAGAAUUGGAUCAAAACACAGAAUCAUUUGCCGGAAAUACCAGCUGCCACAAUGAUUACUUAUUUCUUAGUAAAUAACAAUUUCAGCAUAGAGAAAACCAAACAAUCGCUAGAUAUGUAUUACUCAGUGAGAAAAAUUAUGCCAGAUAUCUAUCAAAAUAAUCUUCCUUUAUCAUCGACUACAAAGGAUUUGUAUGAAGAAGUAACCACGGUACCACUACCAACGUUGACUCCAAAUUUGCAAAGAGUGAUUUUAAACAAAGUUGAUGGCAAUCCCGAGAAGAUAGUUGGGGACCAACCUAUAGUAUCAAUGAUUCAUCUUAAUGAGGUAAAGAUGUGGGAAGAUCUUGCACUUGGAGAUAUUUAUGUUCUGGAUUACAAAAAUGUUAAACUGGGACAUGUAGGAAAAGCAACCCCACAGAUGUUUAAAAAACUGGAUUUUAUCUGCGAGGAGAUCUGGAACAAUCAAAUUAAGGAAAUGCAUAUUAUUAAUGCUCCUAGUGUAGCUGAUGCUCUAAUUACAUUUAUGAGGAAAUAUCUAUAUAGACGAUUAAGAGACAAAGUUUUCGUUCAUAAUUCUCUAAAUGAUCUUUACAAAUAUGUACCAAGGGAAAUAUUGCCCAAAGAUUAUGGUGGUGAUGAAAAACCACUGAAUGAAUUAAAAGAUUUAUGGUAUAAAACCCUUAAAAAACACCAACCACGUUUUGAAAAACUGGAAAACAUGGUGGUUCAAGAAAAUCGACGCCCAUCUCCUUGUAAAAAUUGCGAUAUUUUGGGGUACUAUGGAAAUUAUAUGCAAAUUGAUGUUAAUUAGAAGGAAAAAAUUAUACUUGUAAUAUACGAAGGCUAUCCAUAAAUUUCGUUACGUUUUGAUCUGCAGCCGCUAGGGGCGGGGCUAGCGCGACCAUCUUAGCACUUGCGUCUAGAUACAGCUAAAUACUUUGGCUUCCGAGUUUCUAGACAAUUAACAGUUCUCUCUGGAUUUAGCGGACAAUUUGAAAGGCAUAUAUAUUAUAUACUUAUACAUAUCAUUAAGUUUAAGACAGGAAAUGAAAGGCCUCACUUCGCUAGGUCGAUUAUAUAUUUAUAAAUAAAUUUUAUUUAUAAAUAAGAUUUUUUCUUAUUAACUGAAAACAGUCACUUUUAUUUAAGAAUAUUUUUAUUAUGUGGAAUAUUUCUAUUUUUCUUUGGUAGAGCAAGUGUUGUAUUUUUCAAGCGAAGUGAGGUCUUACUGUUCUUUAAUGUUGUAAUAAUAUAACUUUUAUAUGGUUAAUUAUUUUAUAGAGAAACUCAAAAUACUGGUGUAAAAUUGCUAUAGUCCACAUUACCUAAUUAUAACUAACCUAUUUAUAUCCUAUACAUAAUAUAGGUACCUACAUAGGUAUAACGAUAUUUUUUUAUUUAAAAUAAUGCUAAUGCUGUAUAAUUAGGUUAAGAAAUAUAUUUUGAAUUUUACAACAAUUUUACCCCAGCAUUUUGAAUUUCUCUAUAAAAUAAUUUACUAUAAGUAUGAUAAAAGUUAUAUUAUCACCACAUUAAAAGAACAGUACCUACUACCUAUGAAAAAUAAAAAUAUUCUUAAACAAAGGUGAUUGUUUUCAGUUAAUAAGAAAAUCUAAAAGGGAAAAUUAGGGUUUAAACAAAUCUUCUAUUAGAGAAAUUCAAGAUACUGGUGUAAAAUUGCUAAGUCCCCAUGUAACUAUAACAUGCCUAUCCUAUAAUACCUACAUCAUAUACAUAGGUAUACAUAACGAUGUUUACUUAAUUACGUUAAUAAGACAAGUAUAUUAUGAAUUUUAUAACAAUUUUACACCAGUAUUUUGAAUUUCUUUAUAAAGUAAUUAACCAUAGGAAAGUUAUACAUUAUUAUAGUAAAAUAUUUAUCCAUAUAAUAGUUAUAUGUAUAUUAUUACCAAAUUAAAGAAGAGUAGUACCAAAGGAAAAUAGAAAUAUUCCACAAAAUAAAAAUAUUCUUAAACAAAGGUGAUUGUUUUCAGUUAAUAAGAAAAAACCUUAAAAGUAAAAUUAGAGUUUAAACAAACCUAUUAGAGAAAUUAAAAAUACCGGUGUAAAAUUGCUAAGUCCCCAAUAACUGUAACAUCUCAUAUACAUGUAUGUACAUACCUUAUUAUACAUAACGGUGUUUUUUUAUUUAAAUAUUGCUAAUAUUAUGUACUAUAUAAUUAGGUUAAAAAGUAUAUUUUGAAUUUCGUUUACAUAGAUAAUCGACCAAGCGAAGUGAGGUCUUUCAUACUGUGUUAAACUUAAUGAUAUGUAUAAGUGUAUAAAAUAUAUGCUUUUCAAAUUGCCCGCCAAAUCCAUUGUCUAGACUAGAAGCUCGCCAGCAAAGUAUAGCUGUAUGUAGACGCGAAUCCAUCUUAGCAUCGCCGUGGCGUUCCUCCAUUCAGUAGAGUAGCUGUUCAGCCGUGCUGUAGCUUCUCGUUAUUUUUCAAGAGCUGUUUGAAAUGUGUGCUGCGAUCGAAAAGCCCUCCAGUUGUGAGGUGCCAUAAUACGGUUUGUUGGCUAAAAACAACAUACCAAUUGAAAUUUAUCGCGAAGUUUGUGCUGUUUAUGAGAACACUGAAGGUGGAAUGCGUCAAUUGUACAUUAAAUUCAAAAAUGGCCGAACCAAUGUGCACGAUGAAGAACGAAGUGGAUGGCUAAGCAUUGUGACUGAUGAACUUGUCUAUUUUAUUCAAGUGGGAGGUGUUUUCUCAUCCGCCGUAUAGUCCGGAUCUUGCUCCUAACGACUAUCACCUGUUUUGAACAAUAAAGGAGGUGUUUCUUUAUCCGCCAUAUAAUCCGGAUUUUGCACCUAGCGACUACCACCUGUUUCGAACAAUGAAAACCUGGCUUGUAACGCAGCGCCUAGAUGGCGAUGCGGAGCUUAGCCCGAUCAUGGAACACAAAAUUUUACGAAAACCUCCAAAAAAAUAAAGGAAGGAUGAAAAUUUGGUAAUAGGUAGUUGAAAUUGUCUAUUAUUAUAUAAGAAAAAGUUUACAAUUCUACAUCCCGUCCAUUUUACAAAAAUUGGGAAAUACGGGGUGAAAAAGAUUUUCUCGGGAGUGAAAAAAUAUACGUCCAAAAUAAGCCCGGAAUUGGAUAAAAUGACUAAUUCUAAGCAACUUUUGUUUAAUAGAGUUUUUUCACUAAGUCAAUACUUUUCGAGUCAUUUGCGAGUAAAUAUGUUCAUUUUUAACAAAAAAAAACAUGUUUAUGGACGGCUUUUCGCAGAUAACUCAAAAAGUAAGUAUUCUAGCGAAAAAAAUAUUCUUAGUAAAAAUAUAGCUUAUAAAAAAUUUAAAAAAAUGGUGUACGCGCGAGGUCUGCAGACGCAGUAUAAGCAGAGUUGUAGCUAAUGAAAACUAGGUUCUUCUUCGUCAAAUUUCAAAUCGAAUAUUUCAAUGUGAAAUAACCAAAAAACAGAGCACUUUUCAGGGAAAAUUCAUAAAAACUUUUUUAAAGUGUUUAAAAAAAGGUUAAUUUUUGUUUUUUAAAAAAAUUUCUAACAUUAAAAAUAAGUGAGUUACGCUCAAAAUAUUUUUGGUCCCUUUUAUUUUUUGGUACAAAAAUCGCGAAAAUCACCCCCUAAUUAGCUUCUCAAAUAAAAUUAAUCGUUACCGCUUCACAAGUUACUUUACUUAUGUAUUGUUUAUAUCAUCUAUAAGUUUCAUUGGUUCAAAGUGCUCAGUUCUGAAAAAAAUUGGGUUGAAAAUAAAACAUUUUUUUUUAAUUUUGAAAAAAAAAAUGGAAUUGCUCAUGGAAUUAACUUAAAAAUAAUUAGUAAUACCAAAAAUCUUAAAGAGUAAUAAAAUGUACGUUUUGCUUUUCUGAAUAUUUUUGCUUUUUUGUUUUCUUGUUAUACAAAAAUUGGUUAUGCUAUGGCUGUUAAAAUUUUGCCUAAACUUGUGAUUAGUUACUCGUUCAAGCCAUUUUAACUACAGCUUUUUCAAAAAUAAGCACGUUGAACCGAUGAAACUUACAGAUCAUAUAAAUAAUACAUAAGCAAAGUAACUUGUGAAGUGGUAAUGAUAAAAUUUAUUUGUGAUGCUAAUUAUAGGGUGGUUUUCGCGAUUUUUUAGCAAAAAAUAAAAGGGACCAACAAUAUUUUGAGCGUAAUUCACUUACUUUUAAUGUUACAAGUUUUUUUAAAAAACAAAAAUUAAAAUAAAUAUUUUUAUACACUUUAAAAAAGUUGAAAUCAAUUUUCCCCGAAGCUCCGUUUUUGGGAUAUUUCACAUUGAAAUAUUCGAUUUGGAAUUUGAUGAAGAAGAACCUACUUUUCAUUAGCUACAACUCUGCUUCUACUGGGUCUACAGACCUCAUGCAUACACCAUUUUUUUUUUCAGUUUUUAUAAGCUAUAUUUUUGCUAAAAAAUAUUUUUUUCGCUAAAAUACUUACUUUUUGAGUUAUCUCCGAAAAACUGUCCAAAGACAUGUUUUUUUCUGUUAAAAAUGAACAUAUUCACUUGCAAAUAACUCGAAAAGUAUUGACUUAGGGAAAAAACUCUAUAAAACAAAAGUUGCUUAGAAUUAGUCAUUUUAUCCAAUUCCGGACUUAUUUUGAAUGUAUAUUUUUCACCUUCGAGAGGGGGUAUUCCCCUCCAUUUUUGAAAACUGGAGGGGAUGUAGAAUUGUAAACUUUUUCUUAUAUAAUAAUAGACAAUUUCAACUACCUAUUCCCAAAUUUUCAUCCUUCCUUUAUUUUUUUUGGGUCAGAUUGUUCUUUGAUCGGGGAUGAACGGAUUAUGGGACGGCGCGCCGUUGAACACCUGGUUGAAAUUUCAAGCGGCAAAAUUUUAGGACAAUGGUAUUUCAAAGCUAGUUAACCGCUAUGAUAAGUGCCUGAAUUUGUUGGGAGAUUAUGUAGAAAAAUACUGUUUGAGUGUCUCUUUCAAAUGUAUAUAAUAACAUUUUUUUCUUGUACUUGUUUUUUUUCUAUUCCAAAAUGUAACGUACUUUCUGGAUCGUCUGCGUAUAGUUAAGUAUUUUGUAUAAGGAUGAUAAUCAUCUUUUUAUUCGUUUGAUAGGCGGUUUACAAUAUUUAGUAUUUAAAUUGUUACAAAACUUAAUAUUUAAAUUAAAUACUUAAACAUGCAAUAUUAUUUAGUUUUAAGAAGAUAUGUAAAAUAAAAUAAAGGAAUAACCAACCGA